UCAUAUUCCAAUUCCUAACAUCUUCAGCAGACAUCCUUUCCUCCCUCCAAACGGCUCCUUCUCCUGCAUAUCAUCCACAUCAACCAUACUCGUUUUUAGUUUCCUGUCUCUAGCCGUUGCUUUUGGCCUCUUCAACUUCAACCUUUCAAUCAUCUCUUUCUCGGUAAUUCCUUCCCUUUCACUAAUUCCAAACAACCGUAUAACCCCCCCUCUCCCCCACCAACCAACUAUACGCAUCUCUUGUUAUAUAAUCGCCCUCUGACCCUCACCCACAUAUUCUUAGACUCGUUCAUGACCUUUUUCCGUUGGUGAUCUGUAUACAGCCUUCGCAGAUAGUGUUUUCUAAUGGAUUGCUUGGUCUUGCCUGUGACCAUAUUGAGGCAGUGCUACUCGGGCACCCGGUUGGGCUACCGGCCAUUGACCCAAGAUAAUUUCGGCGACUCCGGCCGGCUUGUGACCGUAGUGGUUGGCAAGGAGAAGAGGGAGUUCUUGGUGGAUUCGUUCGUGUUAGAGGAAAACCCAUUUCGGGUAUUGAUCGAGAUGAUGAAGAAGGAUGAUCAGGAGGAGAGUUUCAAUGGGGAAAGCAGCAAGAAAGGGGUGAUUUUCGUGGAUGUGGACGCCAUCUUGUUUGAGCACAUGCUUUGGUUGAUGCGUAACGAUUGUUCUUCUCUGUUUCAGCUCAACCUCAAGGAGAUAAUCGACUUCUAUGCUCAAGAUUCUUAGAGAUCAGAUCGAUCAGGGUAACUCUACUGUUUUAAGUUGCUGGUGAUCAACCUGGGUAAAAGAACAGUACUUUAUUAUGCCAUCCCAAAUAACUCCAGAUGUACAAAAAUAUCUAGGAAUACCCUCUCAUCUCUUAUAUAUAUUCCUUUGAUUUUUCAGUA